AGUCUCUGAGUACUCAGCGGCAAAGGUGGAGCUGGGACCGAGGAGCAGGUGGCUCUCUAUCAGCGGCAAAGGUGGCUAGGAGCUGGGACCGAGGAGCAGGUGGCUCUCUAGCGUCACAUGGUGCAGAGCAGGAAAGGUAUGCUGAAGGAGAGGGUCAUGGACUUGGCCUCCCCGACGACCAUCCUGCCCCUGCUGUUUGGCUGCCUCGGGAUUUUCAGCCUCUUACGGCUGCUGCAGAGGAUCCGCUCAAAGGCUUACCUGAGGAAUGCCGUGGUGGUAGUCACGGGCGCCACCUCAGGUCUCGGCAGAGAAUGUGCCAGAGUCUUCCAUGCUGCGGGGGCUAAACUGGUCCUCUGUGGACGAAAUGUGAAGGCCCUUGAGGAGCUCACCCGUGAACUUGCUGCUUCUUCUUCUCAGGGACAGACACACCAACCCUUUGUGGUGACCUUUGACCUCGCAGAUCCUGGUACUAUUGCUGCAGCAGCAGCUGAGAUCCUCCAGUGCUUUGGCUAUGUGGACGUUCUCAUCAAUAAUGCUGGGGUCAGCUACCGUGGUACCAUUAGUGAUACCUUAGUGGACGUGGACCGGAAGGUGAUGGAAAUAAACUAUUUUGGCCCUGUUGCUCUAACAAAAGCGCUCCUACCCUCCAUGGUGGAAAGGAAGCAAGGCCACAUCGUCGCCAUCAGCAGCAUCCAGGGCAAGAUCAGCAUUCCUUUCCGAUCGGCAUAUUCAGCCUCCAAGCAUGCAACCCAGGCAUUCUUUGACUGUCUGCGUGCAGAGAUGGAAGAGGCUAACAUCAAGGUGACUGUGAUAAGCCCUGGCUACAUCCAUACCAACCUCUCUGUAAAUGCUGUCACUGCCGAUGGCUCCAGAUAUGGAGCUCUAGACAAGAACACAGCCCAGGGCCGAAGCGCUGCAGAGGUGGCCCAGGAUGUCUUUGAUGCUGUGGGGAAGAAGGAAAAAGACGUUCUCCUGACGGACUUUGUGCCAUCCAUGGCUGUCUACAUCAGAACUCUGGCUCCCGGGCUCUUCUUCAGAAUCAUGGCCUCUAGGGCCAGAAAAGAGCGGAAAUCCAAGAGCUCCUGAUGCUGGUAGAGCUGCUGGCUUGGGCCGCCUGAUCAGACUGACUACCACACCUUCCUGGGUGGGGACUGCAGUGCACAGGGUCUGCAGCUGAGACCUGGUGGAGGGCUGUCUUGUGUUUGUUUCCCAGGGAGUGAUUAGCCCUUAAGGAGUGAAAUUUGGAGUUGUACGGGAACCUUAAAAGAUGUAAAAUAAAUGACUGAACAGUGGGUCAGAGUGCACAGUAGAAGAACCACAUGUCUUCUGAGUCUUGGACAUUCCUGAUUUCAGAAGUGGUUCUGGAGGUUUGGGGACCAGGCAUAAUAAAUAAAGCACC